AUGUCCCUGAACGCCGACUCUGAGCCAACAGAGUCGAUCCUUCAGGAGGAUAGCUCCUGUAUCCCUAUGGAGCAGGAGUGCAUGGCACCCCGCCGAUGUGCAUCCCGCCUUGGUUCGCCGCAAAGCCGCAGGGCAAACGGAACCUCUUCUGGAUCCGGCUCCCACGCUGCACUAUUACGCUGCCCACAACCCGCCGUUGGAACCCCAUCCGACAUGGCCGGUCUGUCCAACGCAUGUCGCCGCCGUCAGCUCUACAUCAAGAAGACACAAUAUGCUUAUGGAGACCAAGACCUUAGCUGCAUCUCGGGAUGCUCUUUCGCAGAGAAAGAAAGUAGAAGCGGCCGACAGUCGGACAUAGGAAAGCCUCUAGCUCAGCACAUUCAUCGUAAUGAUCGUAUAACCGUCUUGCUAGUCUCCACUCUCCCAAGCCGAACCCGAGCAAAAGUCCAAGAAGGGGGCUGUUCUCGUGAAAGCUCUCCACCGUACGGAUACUUGAUUGAGCAGCAGAGACCACGGAAACCUGGAAGAAGGGCGAAUAGAAGACUAGACAGGGCGUGGUCGCCAGUUCACGUUUCGCUCGUUGCGCCCGCGGUGGGAACCCGCCCCAGUGGUUAUCCCUUCGGUCCACGGCCCAGUCGGGGCUCCGUUCGUCUGUUGCGAAGUGCCGCGCGCAAGUCAGCCAGCGUUGAAGCGCAAGGCAUCUCGCAACCCGCCCCCAUGACUCGUCCCUUUGGAGAACUCGGAUGUACGCUUGGCGUGUCACACGUUCACGACCGCUGGUUACCUUUCGUAGGGUCGCUUCUAGCGCCGGGUUUCCCGCUCAGCGGCAUAGAAGCCAGAUGUUUGCUCAACUUCGGAGUAUGUGUCAUGAAGCUUGUCCAAAUCGCCGAGGGCGCAAGCUUAGCUCAGCUUCGCUAUCAGCGUGUCGAACUCGGCGCCGCCACCACCACCGGUGAGCCAAGCUUCUCGGGUGAUGCACCUAGAAUGCGGCCAUCCAAUGUAUUAGUCGACGCAUUUGGUGGAUGCAUCAUUGCUAUUUCAAUAGGUAGGAUGGGAUGGAUCGGCUCUGGCACAGUUCAUCCUGUUUCCGUAGAGCCUAUCAGCACAUUCGGUGCCAACAGUCAGUUUGAGCAACCGCUUGCCUGUAGCUCACAACCUCGAUGCGCUCAUCCUACGAGUGAAGAACUCCAUCCUACAACAAGGCAGCUGAGAAGAAUCCAUCUUUCCGUCCCGUAUUUGGAGGGACGCCUCUUGAUGCCUAGCGACGGCCCUACAUUGACCAAGAUGGGAGAGGCGGCCGGUACAGCAACAACUUCAAGCGAAGACGGGCCGCGGACGCGGGCUCAGCCUGAUCGUCCAGCCUACAUGGUUCAAGAACUCGUCUUAUUGAAGAGGCGACUGCUUCAUCAUUCUGAGAAGCAUGCAGCGUGGAGUCUGUGGGCGAGAUCGGGCGACAGGACUACAUGUAGCCAUUUGAGCCAGGAACCGGUUUGCUGGGUCUGCGGACUUCCACUCAGCUCGCUAGAAGAACCGCUGUAUGAUUUCAUCUUUCAAAGCCCAUCACGCUUCACCUUCCCUAGGUCGGCAGGACCAGCGAUACCGCGUACACGCUGGCGAAUUCGGGAAGCUAGCCGGGAUACCGCUGUCGCCAUUGGCGGUACAGGUCAUCGAACGUCGGAUGAGAGUUUGGGAAUCGCGAGAAAUUCUCUAUGGACACGUAAAGUAAAGGCCCCAAGUAAACAACUGACCAUCCGAGAAUACUCCACGCCUCUCUCCAUCUUGCACACCAAGGUAAGUGGACCAACCGUCAACCGAGUAUCCGGAUAUGGGACUGUUGAGUUUUCAGACAACAAAAUGAAGAUCCUGGUAGAUUUGCCGUAUAUGCAAGUGACCAUUCCCCGUAACAUGAGCCAUGAGCUGGGUAUUUCACUGUUGCCUGGCGAUGUCCAAAAAGAGUCUGUACGGCGUGAAAAUUCUCACUUGAUGAUCCUUCGCCCGACAACGAAAGCCUCCAGCUCCUCUCCGAUCCUCUCACAUCGAGAAUGGCAGGUGCCUGGCGAUGAGAAGUCCACGACGGGGGACCCGCUUGAGCGGCACAGAACGGUGCCCGGCCACGAAAAUGAAGACUCUAAUCUGAACGGGCGGAUGCCCGGAUACGUCGGCGGCCCUUGGAGAAGAUCCAACCGUUCCCCCUCCUCAUACCAAAGGUCCCCUACGGUCCCGAAAGAUUGGCAGCCUAACUCCGUAGAGAGACAACACUAA